AUGGUCAGGAUAAGCCAUGCUAAGCCGCCGCGGAGGAAGAAAAAUGGGAAGAAUGAGAAGGAUGCUCCUCCGUCGGACCCAGUUUCACCGGUAGUCGAAGAACAAGCAACGGAGGAAGCGGGUCGGGAUGAAUCGGGGAAUGUAGAAGAAAGGGUAGUAGGAGAUGGAGUCGAAGAACAAGCAACGGAGGAAGCGGGUCGGGAUGAAUCGGGGAAUGUAGAAGAAAGAGUAGUAGGAGAUGGAGGUUCAGAAAAUCGAGAGGAAGAGAAAGUCGAAGAUGGUGUCGAGGAAGAAGAAGAUGGUGACGAUGUGGAGGAAGAAGAAGAUGGUGAAGACGUCGAGGAAGAAGACAAUGAUGGGGAUGAAGUCGAUGACAAAGAAAAUGGCAAAGAUUCAACCGAUGGUGAUGAUGAGGAGGAAGAAGAGGAAGAUGGCGAUGAUGACGAUGAAGAAGAAGAAGAUGGGCAAUCAAUUGAUGCCAGGGCAGUUGCUCACUCUAAGAGGAAGGGGAAGGAUAAGGAUAAAGACAAUGUGGAAGUGAAAGAAUUGAUUUUGACUGGAUUCAAAGAACUCGGUGAGAAGAUGACUAGCUUGGAAGCAAAGGUAAACUUAAAAUUCGAUGAGUUGGAGACAAGAAUUAACCGUGUGGAAAACACUUUGGACAAUGGUCGUUCUGGUUCUGAUGGGGAGGACAUGGCUACGGAAGGGUCAGUGGCUACACCGAAGGAUAAGGGCAAGAAGAAUAAGGGAUCCGGAUCGAAGAAUAAGAAUAAGGGGAACAAGAAAAGGAGUUACUCAAAACUCAACCAAGAGCCGUAUGAGCGACCAAACACACAUGCCCAGACCACCAAAGCCUGA